UUCAGUACCAAAAGCGGUAACCCCGAGCUACACUCAGGCUUACCAUGCGGCAUUGCUCAGGGAUUCCCUGCAGCACUUACCUUGUCCUUCGCUCCCACGAUGUGUCCCCUGCAGCGUCCCCGUCCAUCUCCUCCAGCCGAUGCCGGCAUCCAGCUUCCGUGUUCUGGUCCCUGUGACGUCGGGAGACACAGGGACCAGUACGGGGCGCCGGAACCAGCGGCAAAUUUAAAAUUUUUAAAAACUGUCAUUUUUUUUUAAAUGAUUAUUACAUAUGCUUUGUCCUGUGCCCCGCCUGCAUUUUGACUGUUCUUUCUG